AAACCCAACUUGUACGACAAUCAUAAAACUUUGAAGUUGGCGCCAUUUUUGACUACACAAAAAAAAUUGGGGAAAAUGCCAGAGAAUAAAAGCAACUAUGAUCCAGCAAGUUUGCCGGACUUGUUACCAAUAUAUUACAAAAAAUUAUUUCCAUAUGGGCCAUAUUUUCGUUGGCUGAAUUAUGGAGGAGUACCAAAGAGCUAUUUCAGUCAGAGAGAGUUCUCAUUCACAUUAAAGGAUGACAUAUAUAUACGAUAUCUGUCUUUCUCCACUGAAAAAGAGCUGUCGGAAGAAAUUCAAAAAAGAUGUCCGUACAAGAUUGACAUAGGAGCAGUGUUCUCCCAUAGGCCUAAAGAGCACAAGACCGUGAAGGCAGCAGCAUUCCAAGCAUUAGAGAAGGAACUUGUGUUUGAUAUAGAUAUGACUGAUUAUGACGACGUCAGAAGUUGCUGCAGUGGAGCUGAUAUAUGUGACAGGUGCUGGCCAUUGAUGCAGAUUGCUAUUAAGAUCAUAGACAGAGCACUUAGAGAUGAUUUUGGUUUUGAACACCUUCUGUGGGUGUAUUCUGGUAGAAGAGGAGUGCAUUGCUGGGUAUGUGAUGAAACAGCUAGGAAACUUUCACAGAAUGGAAGAACGGCUAUUGCAGAAUAUCUCAGUGUAGUCAAAGGUGGAGAAAGUCAAACAAAGAAAGUUGUUUUAGAGGAUAGGCCACAUCCUUCUAUCAGGGCUUCAGUGGAGAUUGUGAGUGACAGAUUCAAAGAUUAUGCUGUCAAGAAACAAGACUUCCUUGGUGACGAAGAACAGAUUAAAAAAGUUCUUCAGUUAAUUCCUGAUGAAGGUUUCAAAAAUAACAUAGAAAAAAACAUGGAGAAGUUGAAAGAAAAAAACAUUUCAACAUCUACUUACAGAUGGGUAUUAAUACAAGAUUGCUGUAAUGAAAUCAGGCAAAAGAACGAGUAUAAGAAGUCUCACAAUGUUGUUGAUGAGAUUAUGCUGCAGUACUGUUACCCGAGGCUUGAUGUGAAUGUCAGCAAAGGAGUCAACCAUUUACUUAAAAGUCCAUUCUGUAUACACCCUAAAACAGGGAGAGUUUGUGUACCGAUUGACCCAGAGAAUAUAGAUGAAUUUGAUCCAUUCGCUGUUCCAACCAUAAGUACUAUAGUAGAUGAAUUGAACACCUCAGAUGGCAGUGCUGAAGAAGGGAAAAGAGGAAAAGAUUACAGACAAACAUCUUUAAAGACGUGUAUCGAAGUGUUUGAUAAGUUUUUAGCACGUUUAGAUAAGUCCUGGAAAGGAAAACUGAUUGAACAGAGUGAUAUGAAAAUGGAAUUCUAGAAAAAAGAUUUAGAUAACUCUAGAAAAAAGGAUAUAAAAACAGAAUUCUAGAGCAAGAGGUGAAAAUUGAAAAAUCUAGAACAUGAUUGGGGAAAAAAACAAAAGAAAAAAAAACACGAGAUCAAGGAAAGAAUUUUAGAAUGAUUUAAAAAUAGAAUUCUUGAUAAAGAUAUGAAGCUUAACAUCUAGAAUACAAGAAUGUGGGGGAAAAAAAGAAUUCUAGAGCAGCCUCGUAAAAUAGAAUUUUAGAAUUAUAUGAUAAAACUGGAAAGCUAAAAAGGGUAAAAUGAAAGGUUUUCAAAAACAAAAUGUGAAAGUGAAAUUUCUUGAGUAAAGUAUAAAACUGGUUAUCUAGAAAGGAUAUAGUAGAGGAAUUCUAGAAAAAAAAGGAAAAGCAAGUUGCACAAAAUGUAAACAGACAGGUUUUUUGUAUGAAUUUUCAUUGACAGUGAAUUGGAAGUAAUAAAAUGGGCACCAUUGAACACAAUCAUUGACAUUGUUUGGAGACUAUACAACAGAAUAUAAUGUAAAUUUGGAUCUUUGACCAUAAACAAUGACUUUAUUAGGUGAUAAAGAAUGAUCAUAUUUUUACUUUGUUCAUAACUUUGUUUCACUCAAACAUUUUUAAUACUAUAUUUAGAAUAAACUAUUUAUCAGA